AGGAUGUCGCUGUUGCUGCUCUUCCUUGUUCUCCCUACGGCAUCGUCGACGGCGGUCGUUGAGGGUUUUUCACCCCUGAUGAACGCAGACACGCUCAUCUCGAAAUACUCGUCCAGCAGCUCCUUAACUCAGGACGAGUUCCACGCUCUAUUCAGUAGUCUUAAGUUGCAUGUAAAGCAGAAUUUUGGACAGGAUGGGAUCUUGGGAUCGGAGACUGAUGCUGUAAAUGAUGAUGCUUGGUGCCAAACAGUUCUGAACAACACUGCGAAUACCACCUGCGGCCAGGCGAAGUGCGCCCGCAGUGAAGAUGUAUUCAACGCAUACGCUGUGAAUGCCAGCAUCAACUCGUCCUCUCUGUUACACGCGCUUCCUGCUAUUGUCAUUGCCCUAGAAGAGGACCACUGCCGGGCCCAACAGCAUGCCGACACAGAAAAAGAUGAAGGACCUCGGAAACCUACAGACGCAGAAGCAUGGGGUUACGGCCUCGGCGUAGUGCUCACUGUGUGUCUCAUCUCCAACCUCGGGGCUUUCCUCACGCCCUUGAUGAACUCCUCCUUCUUCCAGAAACUGCUGAUGUUUCUUGUGGCCGUUGCGAUAGGCACACAGGCUGGAGCCGGCAUAGUUGUACUUAUACCGGAGUCCAUGCACCUGAUGUACAUCGAGGAGACCAAAGACACGUACCUGUGGAAAGCCUGCUCUGUUCUUGGAGGGAUCGUCUUUGUACUACUGCUUGAGCGAAUCCUGAAGAUAGCAUUUCACCAAAUAAAGUCAGCUAAAGAGAGGACCGUGGCGGAGAUCUCAGUAGAGGUUGGGAGCACUGUCACCAUGAGCACGACCUCGUCGGCAAGCGAGGACACUGACUCCAACAACAGCGACCUGCCUGUUGCUGUGACCACUACCGUGAUUGGGAACGGGGCAAGCAACGGCAACGCACACACACACACCAGCAUUAACGGGACGGACAUCAGGAAGACCAGUGAUGUUGAAGCAGACGCCGGCGGGAAAGUCAAGCAGCAGAUAGCUACCGUGGCUUGGAUGGUCCUUCUUGGGGAUGCUAUACACAAAUUAGUGGAUGGUUUAUCUGUCGGCGCAGCUUUCACAGAAAACAUCACGACAGGUCUCACUUUAGCCAUCUCCAUACUCUGUGAAGAAAUACCCCAUGAGCUAGGUGAUGUUUCCAUCCUGCUACACUCGGGGAUGACGAUGAAGCAAGCUUUAACCUACAACACAUUGUCAGCCGCCAUGGGCAUUCCAGGAGUCAUAGUGGGCAUCUUUCUAGGCGAGACGACGUCUGCAAACCAGUGGAUAUUUGCAAUAGCAGGAGGCAUAUUUAUUUAUGUGCCCCUCGCUGACAUGAUUCCGGAAAUGGGACACGCUGUUGACAAGGCAUUGAAAGAGGAGACAGGGGCCAUCUUUUUAUCGAUACUGCAGCUUCUUGGUUUGUGUUUAGGCUUUGGUAUAAUCAUCCUUGUGGCUGCAUAUGCAGGAGAAAUCGAACUGUGAUCUUAAGUUGACUACAAACUGUCUUCCAGCGGUUGUCUUGUGGAGUUGGACAUUGGUCUGAAUACAAACUAUAUACCAUUCUUCUUAUUCAGAGACAAUGCAGUUACGACCAUUCAGUUAAACCCCUCCACCAUAUUUCACUUACGAAGCAAUGCAAUAGGAGGUAAACAAUGAUCCCUCUAUGUACAGUAUCUGCCUAAGUGUAUGUCAUUAUAAAACAAAUACAUGUAAAGAACAACAUAGGGGAGCAUACGUCACAACAAAUACCGGGAGGUACGGGAAUAGGACACUAAUAGUAUUGGGUAAUUGGGCACAGCCGUACUGACAAUACUCCGUAUGAAUUUACACAAACGACGCUGACGCUGGAUUCUAUACGUCAAACGAGGAAGUCAGUUGCGUGAAUGGCGACCGUAAACCACACGGCCAACGCUUGAUAAGGGUCACAUGUUAGUUGCAUGGGUCUCUCUGAUCUGACUAUAUGUUAGAUGAGUCUUUGACAAGGAAGUGUUUGAGUUACAAAUACUUCAUACAGGGGUCCCCGCCAACGCUCCUCCUUUCGCAGCUGUUUCCUGGAUAUAGCUGUACAUACCCGGAUAUACCUUGAAGCGCACCCUACAGAUAACUGUGCACCCGUAAACAGAUGUAUGAACUGUGAACUCAGGUCAAAUCUGAUCUUUCUUCUUCUAAGACAAUGCAUACCAUGGUGCAGAUUUACAGGUUGUUUGUCUUUUGCUCUGUGAUAAUGGAUAAUAGUAUCUUGUAUGUAUUUUAGGUGUUGUGUGAAAACAAUAAACUAUAUUAUAUAACA